AUGCCUAGCGCCACGGGAGCGAACUGGGAGAAGUACCAGAAGAACUUCGCAGACGACGAGGAGCCAGAGAAGAAGAUCACCCCUUUGACAGACGAUACUCAAAACCUAUGGCGCCGCCCCUACGCCAACGCUCUCAAGAAGCUCGAGAAGGAUAUCAAGGAAAGACAAGCAAGUGUCAACGAGAAAAUUGGUGUGAAGGAAUCCGACACCGGUCUCGCACCUCCACACCUUUGGGAUGUCGCCGCCGACCGACAACGUAUGGCCGAAGAGCAACCGCUGCAAGUUGCUCGCUGCACAAAGAUUAUUCAGGAUGAGAAGGACUCAGACAAGAGCAAAUAUGUCAUCAACGUCAAGCAGAUUGCCAAGUUCGUUGUUAACUUGGGAGAACGCGUCAGUCCGACAGAUAUUGAAGAAGGCAUGAGAGUGGGUGUCGACCGCAAUAAGUAUCAGAUUAUGCUGCCGCUGCCGCCCAAGAUCGACCCCAGUGUGACGAUGAUGACCGUCGAGGAUAAACCAGAUGUGACAUAUGGCGAUGUGGGCGGAUGCAAAGAACAAAUCGAGAAGCUACGAGAGGUCGUAGAGAUGCCUUUGCUAUCACCAGAGCGUUUUGUCAACCUCGGCAUUGACCCACCCAAGGGUACUGGUAAAACUCUCUGUGCUCGUGCUGUGGCCAACCGAACAGAUGCAACUUUUAUCCGUGUCAUUGGUAGCGAAUUGGUGCAGAAGUACGUCGGUGAGGGUGCCCGGAUGGUUCGUGAGCUGUUCGAGAUGGCGCGCACGAAGAAGGCUUGCAUUAUCUUCUUCGACGAGAUUGAUGCUGUCGGUGGUGCUCGUUUUGAUGAUGGCGCUGGUGGUGACAAUGAAGUGCAACGUACCAUGCUUGAGUUGAUCACCCAACUGGAUGGCUUCGAUGCCCGUGGUAACAUCAAGGUCAUGUUUGCCACUAACCGGCCGUCUACACUCGAUCCAGCGCUGAUGCGUCCUGGACGUAUUGACCGCAAGAUCGAGUUCUCCCUGCCGGAUGUUGAAGGCCGCGCCAACAUUCUCCGUAUUCAUGCCAAGAGCAUGUCCGUCGAGCGGGACAUUCGAUGGGAGCUGAUUUCCCGUCUAUGCCCUAAUGCGACCGGUGCGGAACUCCGGAGUGUUGCGACCGAGGCAGGCAUGUUCGCUAUCCGCGCGCGUCGAAAGGUGGCGACGGAGAAGGACUUUUUGGCGUCCGUGGAGAAGGUUAUCAAGGGUAACUUGAAGUUCAACUCGACUGCUACGUACAUGCAGUACAACUAG